UUAUAUAAUGAGCAUUAGAAUUAGCUAUGUACAGUGUAUUUACGGUUGCCAGCUUACCACAGCAACCAUAUUUUACCACAAUGAAACUGACAAUCUUAUUAAUGCUUUCAACCUUGUUCAUUGGAAAUCAUGAAGCAUCUCAUGUUACCCUCUCAUGUGAAGAUAACUGCAUUGAAAUGCAAUUCUGUACAGACAUUAGAAUGGUUGAGAUUGAUGAAGAGUAUUAUUACAAAGACAUUUUUACUCCAGGACAAAACUGUAUUCAUUAUUAUACAGCACCUCUUUCUUACCAGUGCUAUAAUAGCACAAGUAACCAACUUUUUUGUAAUGAUACAGCUUCUUUCUCUAAUAGUAAGGUGUGCUUGAAUGUGUCUAGUUACCUGGCACAAUUUGGAAAUCAAAGUACACUUGUUCUAUGUUUAAACAGUUCUAGCUCUAUGUGUAGCUGUUACUUAAAAUUUAACAUAACAAUAACUGAUUCCACAUGCAAUACUAUCGAUCCAUCAACGUCAGUUUCGAGCCCUUCCGAAUCUCUAGAAAUAUCUCCUUCAAGUACCAGUUCUCCUGAUACUAAAACCCCAACUUUUUCUAUCCUACCUUCUACUACUUCUACUCCACCACCUACUACUGAUGGACCUGAUACACCUUCUCCUGGUGGAGCUUCUACUCUUAAAGCAACAGGAGGGAUGUUAAUGCUGCUACUGCUAUUGUCCUUGUUCUUAUGAACUGUCAAUAGCAUCAUUGCCUUUUGCCCUAUGGACUUUGUGUCCAGUUUUGCCUCAAAAAAAGAAGUUGUACUGCAAUUAGUGUCUACUGAUUGGUGCUGCCAUUGACAAUCUAUAGCUAAGUAAUAACUGAUAUGUAGUAUCAUUGAUUGAUUAAUAUUGAUAUUUUUGUUCUGAUUUUAUUGUUUUUAUAUAUUCUUAUUACUAUUUUUCUUAGUUUUUGUUCUUAUUAACUGUCAGUGAAAUAAUGCACCAUCAUUGUUAUUUUUAUUUAA